CUAUGUGUGCCAGUUUUUUUUCUGACUUUAUAAUUCCUGGAUUAUACUUAUUUUAGAUGUCCCAUGACCAUAACACCGGAUACCUGAUUUGUCAUCUGGCUUUGUUUCCACUUAACAUCUUCGUGUGAUGGUGACGUCAUGGCGUCCAUAUAUGAGGGGGAAAUUCCGCAGCCUCUUCAGAAUAUAGGUUGUCAGGAUUUACUUAUGACGGAAAACACAUACAGUGGAUGGCUUCGGAAACGUCAUUUUGUAAACAAAUAUUCAAUAUUCAAUUGGCCUCAGGUCUACGUUAUUCUCAGCAAAGGUUGUAUAUAUUAUUUCAAAAACGAGUAUAGCAAAACGGCACUUGGCAAGUUCUCUUUCUACGGAUAUAACAGCGUCAUGCGUUCGAAAGCUGUAGCCCCGAAGCUUGGACCAUGGGCAUUUCAGGUAGUUCAUACUCACAAAGAAUUUAAAACAUACUACUUCGCUGCACCAUCAGAGAGAGAAAUGAAGGAAUGGAUGAAACAUGUUAAAGGAACCUUGGUGGACGCCAAUGGCAAAUCUGCAGAAUAUUAUACUUAUCGACGAGCAGCCAAAGAAAGUAAAGAUAAACUUCUUGAUGAUGAAUCUACAACAUACAAUGAAAUUGAAACCAACAUAUAUGGGGACACGCCUUCAUUUACUGUUGACAAGGACUACAAGAAAAAAUAUAGAAUUAAAAUGAACGAUGAAGCAUCUGACGAAGAAGAUGAGGAACAACCUAGUCGUCCCCCCGAUCUACCGCCACCACGAAAUGACCGACCACCCCAGCCACUGCCAGACCAAUCUCCGACCACUGUCUCUAGGUCGGCAAUAGGGUCACAGCUCCCAAACAUACCAGGGUCUUCUACCAACACAUCCACCAGGGGUCCUCUUCCUGCGACACCCGAAGGCCCACCGACAAUUCCUCCACGAAAGGACAACAAUGAAACAAGAGGUGCCAAAGCCAAAAACAGAGGCUCAAAGGAAAGUAAAGAUACACAUACACAAAAUAGUCGGAAUGGACAUGAGCAUGGCGUGUAUGAAAAAGCUAAAGAAGUGGAGCCAGACCCAGAACCGGAACAAGCCCAAGAAGAUGAAGGUUCAUAUUGGGAUGAUAUUCACUACACUGACUCAAACUGGGAGAAAGCUAGCGAAAUAAUUAAAAACCUUGAAACAGAUGGUACAUUCCUCGUCCGUGAUGGCACAAAAGGCAAGGUUUUACUUGUCUACGCCGAUAAAGGACUUAAGAAAUACCAAAUUCAACAGGACAAAAAUGAUCAUAAAUUUUUCCUGAAAAAAGAUGGCCCUCAUGCUGAUACGUUAGAGGAACUAAUGUACGAAUACCACAUGAUAAAAAUACCAAACUGUGAGAUAAAACUUAUUCAACCUUAUCUACAUCAUCCUUCGUACAAGAACCUCAAGUGAACGAAAUCAAGAACUGCUGCCGUACGCUGGCACGGAUUCAACCAAAGUGCCAAGUGUGUUCAUUGCGUAUGACACAACAGCCUCCCGUGAUAUUAAUGUUGAAUGGAGGACUUGCACAUCCUCUUUUGCAUUAAUGUUCAGUCAAGGACCUGACAGUUGCAGGGGAAAGAUC